AUGAUAAGGGAGAGAAUUACUAUUUUUAACCCUACAGAUUCGAGCGAGAGCGUCAUUAGGUCUUUGAAUUCAACAGACAUUACUCUUGAACGAGGCUUAAAUCUCGCUCAAGAAAGAAAAUUGCAUGUUCUGGGAUUCAACUUGGGUAUUAAAAAUCUCAAGUUCAUGAGAAUACAAAUGGUAAAAGAGCAAUUUCCGGAGACCAUUUUCAAUCAGAGGUAUUCAUACGGUAUAAGUAUCUAUUUUGCGCCACGUGAACUAAGAUCUACUGAUGAAGAAACCGCAUUCAUCACUGAUAUAACCAGUCUAGUCAAUGAUUUGUUUGAAUUGAAAGUAGAUAUAAAGAGUUGGAUCAUUUCAUAUAAUGCAUUUUACCUAUAUCUUGAAGACUUUGAUACAAGUCACUUUCUUGAGGCUAUCGAAAAAAAGUUGAACGAUCAAACCAUAAGAGAUUACUCCAAUAUUGAUCUCUUUCUCGAUGAAAAGCAAGAACUCACUGUCAAGUCUCUUAGGCAUGUCAAUAGUACCUCACAUUUUACCAAGGAAGAUCAUAAACGGAAGGAAAUUGGAAUAUUUAGGAUUGAUGAUAGUUCAUCCCAGGAUGACUUAAUUUUAAGAGGAUUAAGGGUUAUACUUGCUAAUGAGUCUGAAGUCAAGAACGUACACAAUACAAUGUUCCACGUUAAACCGCGAAACAGAGAACUAAAAGUUGGUUAUCUGACAUCUGUUAAACCCAAUGGCCUCCAUCCUGUCCUUGUAACGGAUUUUAAGUCACCGUUGAUAUUUCCGAUGGAUAAUGACAUUGAGAAAUGUAAACUUUACAUGUAUAUGAAUUUGGAAAAGUCAUUGUUUCUUGAUGAAUAUCAGCUCCCUCCUACUCUCAAGUUAAUUUUGAAACUAGGUAACUCAGAUAUGGAGUCCCCUGAGUAUACACAUAGUCAAUGGGGAAAUGAGAUUCUUUUGGAAGUAAAUGAUACGGGUCUUGAGAAAAUUGAGUUGCCAUUACAUGCUAGAUAUAGAAGAACUUCACAGGGUGAAACCAAGUCACAAGUUGGUAUCGGGUCACCCAUAGUGUUCUAUGGCUGUGAUGUUGAAGAGCCUGACUUGUUAAGCAUUUCACCAUUUGACAGUAAAAAAGCUGUAGGAGGCAAUUACGAGAGUCUUUUCACGGAUAAUGCAGUAUUUUACCACUUUGAGCUACAAAAGUCUGAUCUUUCACUCGAAGUACCUGUUGCAAGUCUCAGAAUUGAAUCUGCCGCUACCACUACUGUGAUGGCUGUGUCAUUCGGUUUAAUUUUCAUACUUGCUGUUCUAAGCAAAAGCUUCUUCGGUAAGUCACAGAAAAGGCAGGAGAGGAAAGUUUCAAAUACAACAUCUGUAGAUUCAUCGAAGACGAAGAAACUUUCCGAGACAAAAAUUGAACCGGAGACAGAUACAGACAAUCUGGAGUCCAAAUCUGAGUUAGACUAG